UAAACUAAUGCAAAUAAACAAAGCAUGAGAUUCUAAAUCUGAUCACAACAAACCCAAUCGACUUCCUUUUCCUUUCCAUUUUCAACUGCCUGCAGCUUCACCCUUCAAUCGGAAACUAUAAGUCCGACUCCCGCUGAACUCCACUGGCUGGAAAACGAAGGCGGUAUUCGUCGUGGCCGCCACAAACAGUAAAUAUUUGAUUGGUAUUCCUAUAUACUUAACAGUCAAGUUUUAGAGGAGUAUAAGAAGGUUCAAUGGCAAAGAAACCUGCACCAAGAUCCAGUAAAUUAUCCGUCUACCUGUACGUUCCUAAUAUCAUUGGAUACAUCCGGGUGCUUUUGAACUGUCUUGCCUUCUCUUUAUGUUUAAGAAACAAAAUAAUUUUCCCUAUUCUCUACUUUUUCAGUUUUGUAUGUGAUGCUGUGGAUGGCUGGUGUGCUCGAAGAUUCAAUCAAGUGUCAACAUUUGGAGCUGUGCUGGAUAUGGUAACAGACAGGAUUAGCACUGCUUGUCUUCUUGUAGUUCUAUCCCAAUUAUACAAGCCUGGCCUGAUCUUCCUGUCAUUGCUCGCCUUAGACAUUGGCAGCCACUGGUUUCAAAUGUACAGCACUUUCUUGGCUGGCAAGGCUAGUCAUAAAGAUGUGAAGGACAGCACCAACUGGCUUUUUAGGGCAUAUUAUGGAAAUAGGAUGUUUAUGGCAUACUGUUGUGUCUCAUGUGAGGUUCUUUACUUAAUAUUGUUUUAUCUUGCGGAGAAUCAAACAGAGACAUUGGCGGAUGUUUUAUCAAGUAAUUUACAAAAGAUAACACUGGUCUCUUUCCUAAUUGGCACAAGUUUAUUUGGAUGGGCAACCAAGCAAAUUAUAAAUGUUAUUCAGAUGAAGACAGCAGCAGACAUGUGUGUUCUUUAUGACAUUGACAAAAAACACAAGCACUGAUGUGUAUUCCAUGUCCAUGAAGUCCUUGCCUUUGCCUUCUAGCACCGAGUUUUAAGCUAAAAGUUUAACAUUAGUCUCUUAGAUGGCAAUUGAGCUUGAAUUGUUCAGUUUUCAAUUGUUUGUAAUCAUAGAAAUACUGAAAGGGAACGAUGCUGAAUUAGAAAAUCCAGCCUUGUAUGUAGCAAACAAUUCAGUAGCGCAAGGAUCGUUGCCCAUUUUGUUCACUAUUGAUAUCACAGUAUAACAAAUUUGUUCAGUUCUGAAUUCCUAAUCCAUUGAAGUCUGUUUAUAUUA